AUGGCCCGGCGCGGUCGGUGCCUCGGCAGCGCGCUUGUGUGGUGGUCGUGUGAUGCGUCGCUGCGAGAGCUUUGCCCGAAUCCUCAUUACGAAGUGUCGACGCAGCGGCGGUACGAGUGGCACUCGGUGGACUUGGGGGAGCAGUGGUCACACGCGUCGUUCCCGAUCGAUGGGCUGCGGUCCGAAAUUCGCAUGCUGGAGAUCGGCGGGCCGACACCCUGGGCCGAAAGCGUCUACGGCAUGGCGGCGCGUGUGGACAACAUCGUUCAACGGAACCACUUCGCGCGGACGGGGCAGAUGGACGUCGGCAAGGGGGCGAGCCGGGAGUUCUACGGCGUGGACCAAAAUGACCUCGAGGGGCUUCCCUUCGCGCCUCUCGCGGGGCAGCCGUCCCUGGGCACCACGUAUCAGCGGCACGGCGCGCAGCUCGACGGCAUCGCCGACGAGUCGUAUCGCGUCGUCUUCACGUCACACGUGCUGGAGCACUUUCUGGAUCCGCUGGGGGCGCUGCGCGAGUGGCACCGUGUCCUCGAGCCCGGCGGCGUCCUCAUCCUCGUCGUCCCCUGGGCGCCGGCCGUGUCCUACGACGCGCAUCGCGAUCCGUCGACGAUGCAAGCGCUCCUCCACCUCUCGGCGCUCAACGCGUCCUUCAACGACGACGUCCUCCGGUCGCGCGCCGAGGCCUUUCUCAAGUCGAUGGACGGCAAGCCAAACUUCAAUCCGGACAUCUUCACGCUCUGCGACGGAGACGACGCGAAAGCGCGAGACGACGUCGCGACCGCGGCCGCGACCCGAAACUGCCGCGUCGACGAAAAUCACGCGCACUGGCACGUCUGGGACUUCGACCUCCUCCGCGAGGCCGUCGAGGGCUGCCUCGGCUACACGAUGCUGAUGAUGCUCCUCCAGGAGCCCUGGCACCAGAUCAUCGCUGGCAAGAAGCCCUUCGCGCCGAGGCAGGUCGUCGAGGCGGCGAGAAACGACGACACUUGGGCCAACGCGACCGUCGCGAGAGUCCACCGCAGCAAUCGCACCUACGACCUCAUCUUCCACGACGACGGCACCUACGUCGCAGCGCCCGAGCGUCUCAUCCGCUGCAGCGGCCGCGGGGUCUUUCGAAGAUGA